AUGUUGGAACAGCCUAUGCAGAGGCAGCCACACUUUUGGACGUUAACCUCGAGUCUCCAGGUGUCACACCACCUAUCAAUUUUUAUUAGUUCUUUAUGUAUGGAGUUCACAGUUGUGCUGAUAUCUGUAUUUGUGCAGGUAUACGUCACCUUUAAGUCAUCUGCACACGGUAUUGGCUUGGCUAUACUAAAGCAUUCACAUAUACUGUUCAUGUAUAUAAUGAAAAGUUGUCCCAAUACACUCCCCUGGAUGACACCACUGCUGAUUGGUCUAGGUCUGGAGGUCAUUGAGCCAUUUUUAGUUGUUUCAUUCCUGUCACAGGGAAAUGAUUUUAUCCAAUUGUGGAGAGUCUGUCUGUCUGUUUUCGACAUAGAACUCUGCACAAACGUGCGGAAGUUCGAGUCGCCACACCCC